CGGGUAUGUCCAACAGGCACCACAAGAACAGAGGACCAAAACAAACCAAAAAAAUGGCAGUAGGCGAUCGAUAGAUUCGAAUUCUAUCGAUUUUUGUCAAUUGGUGAGUUACGGCAGUUGUGUAACAACUCAAAUAAGAUGUCUGGCCCUGGAGGUCGAUUCUUCAAAAAUCCGUUUCAGGAUUACGUUGGCGGCCAAGUGGAAAAAAACGAUGACCACAUAAGGGGACUUAUACAAUCCUACGUCAAUCUGAUUGUGGACAAUACCCGAACUGGUAGAAAUAGUGACCAUAGAGGCGAUUUGUACGUAGGCGAUGCUGGUAUUGCAUACAUGUUUUUAAAACUUCAUGAAAUGGGGUUGUUUGGAGCGGAAGCUCUACAAUAUGCCAAACAAUAUGCAUCUAACGCUAAAACGAAAGCAGUUCGAUAUGCUGCUAGGGCAGAGGAGCGGUGUUCCUUCCUGUGUGGAAACGCAGGAAUAUAUGCGGUUUCAGCAGCUAUUUGCCACAAGCUUGGGCAGCGACAGGAAAUGGACGAAGAUCUUAGAAAUUUUGCUUCUGGGAUAAGCGUGUGCAAAAAAAUUGACUUCAAUCAGAAUGGAAGCGACGAAUUGCUCUUCGGGAGAGCUGGCUAUUUAAGUGGUAUUUAUUGGCUGCAUCAGACCAUCGACAAAAGACUAUUUGCUCAGGAAACAUUGAGCUCUAUUUCUGAAGUAAUUAUUGAAAGCGGGAAACGUUAUUCCGCUGCUCAUAGGAGUCCUUUUCCGUUGAUGUUCCAUUGCUGGGGAGAUGAGUAUUUGGGAGCAGCUCAUGGGGUGUCAUCUAUUAUGCACAUGUUGUUGGAGUCGCCACUUCAAGCUAACUUGAAUAGUAACGAAAUGGCAGCGGUGCGAGCUACUAUCAAUAGUCUAUUAUCUCUCCAAGAUGGCGAAGGCAAUUUUCCGGUGACUUUACAAGACUAUUUACAACGAACAAGGGACGAAACCUUAGUGCAUUGGUGUCAUGGCGCACCGGGAAUCGUUUAUCUAAUGGCCAAAGCGUAUAUUGUGUUUAAAGAUCAGAAAUAUUUGCAUUCUUGCAUCCGUUGUGCCGAUCUUGUUUGGCGUAAAGGACUACUACGCAAAGGUCCUGGCAUAUGUCACGGUGUAGCCGGCAGCGGAUACGUCUUCCUACUCCUCUAUAGACUGACAGCAGACCCCAAGUACCUCUAUCGAGCGAUAAAAUUUAUGGAGUUCUUAACACACGAAGAGUUUAUUAGAUAUGCGCGUAAUCCCGAUCGAUCUUUCAGCCUCUAUGAAGGAUAUGCUGGCACCGUAUGCUUCCUUUUAGAUCUGCUACGACCGGAGCGCGCCAAAUUUCCGUUCAUGGACGUGUUCGAAGCAAAAUGCUAGAUGAAUGUCGGGUUUCUGAGUGUUGAUCAAGUUUAAAUGUGUUUCACGUAAAUAAAUUAAUUUCUUGAUUCCUUUUAAUACUUCGCACCGAAAUAAA